UCAAACAGACAGCACCUAUCAAACCAAGUAUGAUCAUCUGCUCCUUCCUUUUUUCCUUUUAGGGCAUACUGCUGUCCAUCAGGAGAAGUAAUUAAUGGGUUUAUUAUGUAUGAAAGCAUCAUCCCAUCAGUUUGCUGUCUGGUUUGAAUAGCUCAUAUCAGCUCUUCAUUCAUGCCAAGUAUGCUCACUGUCCGGAGAUAUGAUAAAGCCGUACCUUCUUCGGAUUUUUCCCUCACCAUUCACAAAACAGUGUACCAGGACUAUGUGUCUCAGAGGCACAAGGAGGACAGAAGAAGAAAUCCCUUCAUCCUCUACAGAAAGGAAGCUAAUGGACUGAAAAGUUGGUAAAGGGAAAAGCGAGGGAAGCAAGAGAGUGCAAGAGAACAUCCAUCCGUGCUUCAGCAGUCCGGAUAAUUUUUUCAAAGCACCGUGGUUUGGGAGCAUGUGUCAUUCUGAAAUAUGGACAGCAGAACUUUUCUAGAAGAUAAGAUGGCUAUAGAAAGAACCACGAUUUCUCACUGCUGAAACAGUCAAUGAAUUUUUAAUAAGUUCUGAACAUUCAAGUUGUCUGUGGCCGAUCAACUGCUGUUGUCAGAUAGAGAAAGGCAAAAUUCACUUCUAUCUCUAUAAUCCUAUCCAAAUGGAAUCUCCAUCUAUUGCCUGCUGUCUGGACUAAUGCUACAGGAUUACCAGGAAUACAGAUAGACAGACACUGCAAGAAAUAAAACACAGUGGUGAAAGACGAAAGGGAAGUAGAGAAGGCAUUUCAGGUACUGAAGCUUACUAUUUACAGCCAGAGUUCAAAUUACUGAGCUUCAAACCAACAACUGUCAGAAGUUGGCCAAGGAGAGGUGAGACAAGAGAACAGUCUAGUCCUACAACUUAAUCCUAAAAUAAGGUCUUGCACCAGGAUGGAAGGGGAAUCUUACCACAAUGCAACCACUGUCAAUGGCACCCCAGUGAAUCACCAGCCUCUGGAGCGUCACGGGCUGUGGGAAGUCAUCACCAUUGCUGCUGUGACUGCCGUGGUAAGCCUGAUCACCAUUGUGGGCAAUGUCUUAGUCAUGAUCUCCUUCCAAGUGAACAGUCAGCUGAAGACGGUGAACAACUAUUACCUGCUCAGCUUAGCCUGUGCAGACCUCAUCAUUGGGAUCUUCUCCAUGAACCUCUACACCACCUAUAUCCUCAUGGGACGCUGGGCUCUCGGGAGUCUGGCUUGUGACCUUUGGCUUGCACUGGACUACGUGGCUAGCAAUGCUUCCGUCAUGAACCUCCUGGUGAUUAGUUUUGACCGUUACUUUUCUAUCACAAGACCCCUGACCUAUCGGGCCAAGCGCACGCCCAGAAGGGCUGGCAUCAUGAUUGGCUUGGCCUGGCUGGUCUCCUUCAUCCUCUGGGCCCCAGCAAUCCUCUGCUGGCAGUACCUGGUUGGGCAGCGGACAGUACCAGCAGAUGAGUGCCAGAUUCAGUUCCUCUCGGAGCCCACCAUCACUUUUGGCACUGCCAUUGCUGCCUUCUACAUCCCUGUUUCUGUCAUGACAAUCCUCUACUGCCGAAUCUACCGGGAAACAGAGAAGCGGACCAAGGACCUGGCUGACCUGCAGGGCUCUGACUCCAUGGCCGGAGCCGAGAAGAGAAAGCCAGCCCACAAAGCCCUGCUCAGGUCCUGCCUCAGCUGCCCUCAACCCACACUGGCCCAGAGGGGAAGGAACCAAGCCUCGUGGUCAUCCUCCCACAGAAGCACCUCCACCCCUGGGAAGCCGUCCCAAGCCAGUGGCCCAAGCCUGGAGUGGGCGAAAGCUGAGCCGCUCACAACCUGCAGCAGCUAUGCCUCCUCAGAGGAUGAGGACAAGCCCACCGCUGACCCUGUCUUCCAGCUGGUCUAUGAGACUCAAGGCAAGGAAAGCCCCAGGGAAGAAUGCCAUGCUAAAGAGACCAAGGAAACUUUUGUGAAAGCUCUAACUGCAAAAAACAACUAUGACGCCCAGAAAUGCUUCCUGUCUCCAACUGCUGCUCACAGACCCAAGAAUCAAAAAUGUGGGGCCUAUAAGUGCCGAUUAGUGGUAAAGGCUGAUGGGACCCAGAAGACCAACAAUGGCUGCCACAAGGUGAAAAUCAUGCCCUGCUCCUUCCCAGUGUCCAAGGACUCUUCCCCAAAAGGCCUUGAUCCCAACCUCAGCCACCAAAUGACCAAACGGAAGAGAAUGGUCCUGGUCAAGGAGAGGAAAGCAGCCCAGACCCUGAGUGCCAUUCUCCUGGCCUUUAUCAUCACGUGGACUCCGUAUAACAUCAUGGUCCUGGUCUCCACCUUCUGUGACAAAUGUGUUCCGGUCACCUUGUGGCACUUGGGUUACUGGUUGUGCUACGUCAACAGCACUGUUAACCCCAUUUGCUAUGCCCUCUGCAACAAAACCUUCAGGAAAACCUUUAAGAUGCUGCUGCUUUGCAGAUGGAAAAAGAAAAAAGUAGAAGAAAAGUUGUACUGGCAGGGGAACAGCAAGCUCCCCUGAAAAGUAAACAACUCCCCUCAAAAGAAUGGCCAUAAUCAGCUUCCUCUAAAGAUGGAUGAGCUGAUUCUCAUUUAUUUAAUUUCAAAAAAGACAUCUUCCAGUUUGAGCCUCUGAGGGCUUCAUAAAGGCCUGAGGUCUGUUGCCAAAAAGGAGUCACAGCUGCCACAAUCACUGCCAUGUUGAAUGAUUCCUGACUAUGACCAAGGCUGCCUGACACCAGUGGAGUUUGCAGCUGAGGUACAGAGACAGACUCAUGGCCUUUCAUAGGAGCAGGCAGGCUGGGCCACCAGGAGCAAUGACUUAGACAGCUUAUGCCUGACCUUCUGGCAGAGCAGCAGAGACUGGGUGGAAAGCUUUCUCUGUGGAAACCUGUCACAGAGUUUUGUGCAAUAUGUGUUAUGAAGUAAUCUUGUGCCAAUGAGAACCAGAAGACUGUAAGUCAGUGUCACCUGCUAACAAAAGUGACAUUCAAAUGGCUUCUAAGACUCCAUUUCUUUAUCAACUCAUCAGUAUUUAUUACACAGCUAUUAUGUGUUCUGUACCAUGGUAUGUUUUCCUGUCCCUACAUCUGAGUAAAGAUCUUGCUUCUCCCUUUCCCAGCUGAUGCCAGUUCCUGGCACCCAGUGAAACCAUCCUGGCCUCCACAGAGCCAGCCUUCCUCUCGGAAUCCUGGCUCUGGAAGGACUGAUCACACCAAUCCUUUAAAGGGGUCUCUGUUCUGCAAAUAAGAUGACCAAGUCUCCUUGGCCAGUUAUUUUAGUUUUUACCAGUAGGAAUUUUUCCUUUUACCUAAACAAAUAUCACAUAUUCUAUUUCAUGCCAAUUAGACCCAUUUAGUCAUGCUCUGUUUUGAGAUGACUAGUUGUAUAAUAGCCCUUCACUGCAUUAAGAUAUUCUCCAAGUUACUCAGUCACGGUUCUCUUAAAUUGUUUUUAGAGGUCUUUCCUCUUCAAAAGUCAAACCUGAGGCAAAAUGUAGAAAACAAAUUUGGUUUCACUCUGUGCUUUCAAACUUUCUCCAGAGCUCUUUUGUAGGCCCCCAAUUUCCCUCAUCCAGACCCCAGUUCACAUUCAGACACAAGCAGGUCACUGUGCUGCCUUGAGUCAGAAGUGCUACUUGGAGGGAUGGUCUGGGAAAGGCUUUCUUUUUUUUUUUAAUUUCCUUCAAAUCAUGGCUCAGAAAUGACUUAUUCAUUCCUCUCAAAAUUUACCAUCAAAGAUGAAAAGCCCAGAAAAGUACAGUUGAGGCCCAGCAAAGCAGGAUAUGAUCACUAAAAAUGAAAGUCUCAUCUUUAAAAACAAAAUGUAAGUCACAAUAAUGUACAAAAAUAAAAGUUAUCAACAUGACACACUUUAGAGUAUCAGAAUGACAAAAAAAACUAACUUUUGGAAUCUAUGUAAGAACUCAUUGAAUCUAAGAUUUUUUUUUGAUAAUUCUGAAAAUAAAUCAACGUGCAAGAAAUUGAACCUUUAAUGGUGCCUACAGCUAACAAGGGAGCACAAGGAAAGCAGUGUAGCACACAACCAGAAUUUUAAACAUGAAACGCUCCUGUCAGAGAGCUCAUUAUUUAACUUGUUGACUACAUCUGUGGUGGUUUAAAAAUCUCCAGACUUUAUUUCAUUUAAUACAGGCCAGUUCUUUUUCAGCCUCAUUCACUAAGGGGAUGUAAAAAUAGCUGAAUUAGUUGUCCUGGGAAUUAGGUAUAUACUUGUGUACAGGAAAGCUUCAAUCUACCACUGAAAAGCAAAUCAGCCUCUUACAUGAAGCCCAAAGAGGGCUUUAGGGCAGUAGAACCCAGGCAGGACAAAGCUGGUACAUCGAGGCUUCUCCUCCAGCCCUGUGGGGACUUGAUGUUGAGAUGAAACACUUAGAAGUAACAUAGUUGUUGAGCCUUUAUGAAGGGCAGGUUGACACCUGCCAGAAAUUUGGUAGAGAAUAUUAAUUGGCUCAGUUCUCCAGGACAGAGGCUCCCAGGCCUAUGUGAUACCAACAGGGUGUGAUUUCAGAGCAAACCUGUUCCACCAGCUCUAGAUAUGCAGUUGAUUCUUUUAGUUCAAGGCUUUGAUUUCUGAAAAAAAUGAAAAUCCCUCCAAGAAUGGCACUUUGGGCCCAUGGUGGGCAUUCACCGGUCACCGUAGAGAAACAAGCUAAUUCAAACAAAAGAAUACAGAACAGGGUGGGGGCGGGGUGGGGCAAGGGGUUAGGAGCACACUUUCACACUCUAUAAUUGCCUAGGAAUUAGUCUUUUUUGUCCAUCACUUUGUGAAAUUGAGAGCCCUAUGCUUCCUUCCUUAUCACUGGUUUGGGAAGCACUUGUUUUUGCAGACUACCUGUGAGCCUUGAAAUAGAUGAGGGAAAAAAAAGCCCCAAACUACUAGAAGAAACUGGACUUCUUUAAAAUAGGACCCUCAGAAUUAGCAGAUCCUGUUGUAAACUACAGG